CGAGCGCCAAACUCAAAUUUUAGCAGGACCCGGAUUCCUUUAGGCUAGUUCCGUGGGCUGGGCCUGCUGGACUUUUCCGCUUACUGGCAGGGGCAGCGGACCAACAUGAGCCAGGUUCUGUUCCAGGAGCUAGUCCCGCUGCAGGUGAAAUGCAAAGACUGUGAGGAGAGAGAAAGUUAAUUUGUCGGGAGAAGUGAAGUAAUUUACACGAGAACUCCGAACAAGUUCACGGCAGGGCCGGCGCAAGAACUCUGGCCUUGGCUCCCAGCCCUUUUUUCGCUCUUCUUUGAAUUAUAUUGGAAGUAAAUUUAAGCUUCAGCUUAAAAAAGUUUUUAUGGUGUAGUGCCUUUACAUUAGUUACUAAAAAUAAGUUACGUUUAUUAUUAGUAUCGACUAAAAACAGUAGAGGAAAUGAUAAAUUUCAUUCAUUCAUUUAACAAAUAUUGCUUAUGGCAGAACACCUUGCUGGGUACUGGGGAUAUAGUGGUGAGGAAGAACAGUCCUUGUUUUCGUGGGGUUUACAGUCCAGUGGAGGAGGAAAUAAAGGCCAGUCUCGCAUAAAAACACAAAAUUAUGACUUUGACAAAAGUGGGGGCUUAACAGAUUUGAACGGAAGUCAGGAGGUUUUGAUUUUGUCUCCUUUCCGCCGCUCAGUAGCUGACUCUUAACCUUGUUUCCUCAUUUGUAAAACUGGCAUAAGGUGCUACGUACAUAAUAUGAGGAUCAAGUCUGAAAAUGUCUGUGGAAACUAAUAAGGAGAGUGAAUGUUAGAGUGAGCAUUGAACUACAAUCAGUUUCCAAUCCAGUUCACAGAAAGGAUUUAGUUAUCCGUCUGACUGAUGAUACUGAUCCAUUUUUUCUGUAUAACCUUGUUAUAUCUGAGGAAGAUUUUCAGAGCUUAAAAUUCCAGCAAGGCCUUUUGGUAGACUUCUUAGCUUUCCCACAAAAAUUUAUAGAUCUCCUUCAGCAAUGUACUCAAGAACAUGCCAAAGAAAUUCCAAGGUUUUUGCUACAGUUAGUUUGUCCAGCACCUCUUUUGGAUAACUCACCUGCCUUUUUAAAUGUGGUAGAGACAAAUCCUUUUAAGCAUCUUACACACCUCUCGCUAAAACUUUUACCUGGAAAUGAUGUGGAAAUAAAGAAGUUUUUAGCUGGCUGUUUGAAAUGUAGCAAGGAAGAAAAAUUAUCAUUGAUGCAAUCACUAGAUGAUGUUACUAGGCAACUGAAUUUCACACAAAAGACAUUAUCAGAAAAAAUCCAAGAAUUAGAUAAGUUGCAGAAUGAAUGGGCAUCACAUACAGCUGCACUGUCAAAUAAACAUUCCCAGGAACUGACAAAUGAGAAAGAAAAGGCCUUGCAGGCACAGGUACAGUACCAACAGCAGCAUGAACAACAGAAAAAAGAUGUAGAAAUCCUCCAUCAACGAAACAUCCAGCAACUACAAAACAGAUUAUCUGAGUUGGAAGCCACUAAUAAAGACCUAACCGAAAGGAAAUAUAAAGGAGACUCUACCAUCAGAGAACUUAAAACAAAACUGUCUAGUGUUGAAGAGGAGCUCCAGCGGGCUAAGCAAGAAGUCCUCUCUUUGCGAAGAGAGAAUUCUACACUAGAUGCCGAAUGCCACGAAAAAGAAAAGCAUAUUAAUCAGCUACAAACAAAAGUGGCUGUUUUAGAACAGGAAAUCAAGGAUAAGGACCAGCUUGUUUUAAGAACAAAAGAAGCAUUUGAUACCAUCCAGGAACAAAAGGUUGCUUUAGAAGAGAAUGGUGAGAAAAAUCAGGUACAACUAGGAAAACUUGAAGCUACGAUCCAAUCAUUAUCAGCGGAACUUCUUAAGGCAAAUGAAAUUAUCAAGAAGUUACAGGGGGAUCUGAAAACUUUAAUGGGUAAAUUAAAACUGAAGAAUACAGUAACUAUUCAGCAAGAGAAACUCUUGGCUGAGAAGGAAGACAAAUUACAAAAGGAACAAAAGGAAUUACAAGAUGUUGGACAGUCUCUCCGAAUUAAAGAGCAAGAGGUGUGCAAAUUACAAGAACAGUUAGAAGCUACCGUUCAAAAGCUUGAAGAAAGCAAACAACUUCUAAAAAAUAAUGAAAAGUUAAUCACAUGGCUAAAUAAAGAACUAAAUGAAAAUCAGCUAGUGAGAAAGCAAGAUGUAUCGGGACCUUCUACCACUCCACCUGUACAUUCUAGCAGCAACACAAUCAGAAGUGGGAUUUCUCCUAACUCUAAUGUGGUUGAUGGUAGACUGACUUACCCAACUUGUGGGAUUGGUUAUCCUGUCUCCUCUGCAUUUGCAUUCCAGAAUACCUUUCCUCAUCCUAUAUCUACCAAAAAUACCAUCCACCCAAUUUCAGGACCAAAGGUUCAGUUUAACCUGCAGUUCACAAAACCAAAUACAUCACUAGGAGAUGUUCAGUCAGGAACAACUAUUAGUAUGCCUUGCUCAACUGAUAAGGAGAAUGGUGCAAAUUUAGGGCUAGAAUCCAAAUACCUGAAGAAAAGGGAAGAUAGCAUUCCUUUACGCGGGCUCAGCCAAAACCUGUUCAAUAAUCCAGACCAUCAAAAAGAUGGCACUUUAGGAGCAUUACAGACAUCUUCCAAACCCGCAGUGCUCCCUUCUGCAUCUUCAGCGUAUUUCCCUGGGCAGUUAACAAACAGUUAAUGGUAGUGUUACCGUUUACUUUUUAUUGAAAUUUUAGAAAUUCCCAUGGUUUAAAAAUAUAUGAACAGCAUAGAUCAAAUCCUUCAGCCAGCAAGUUUACUUGAGCUUACUGUAUUGUAUUAGAUUGUUUGGAUCCUCUUUAAGUACUGCUGUCAUUUCAUGACAAGCUAGAGGAACCGAUUUGUACUUGGGGGAUUCUGAGUGAAGAUUCUCAGGAAAUGACACCUUUUAGCUGUGAACAUGGUAUUUUAUAGAAUAACAGUAUGAAUUUCAUUAAAUGAAUCCUUAAAAAAGAAGUUCUAAGGAAAGAGUUGAUCCUUUUACAGGACAUUCUAGUCAUUGAGUAUCUGGGUAAAUGAAAACCUGCUCAGACAUAAUAUGAAACUAAAAAAUGUUAAUAAUUCAUGUUAUCAUUUUCAUUGGUAAAAGUUUUAAAUUUGACACCUGAAAAUUAUGAGGGAAAAUUAUCUCCAAAGAUAUCUAUAUUAUAUUUACCAUAAAGGGAAAAGUCUUAGAAUUACCUUCAAUGAUUGAAAUUAAUCCUUCAUAGCAAGUAAAUAUUUUCCUUGCAACACCUUUAAAUUGGCUAUUGAACAAGUCUAAGUAAUUUUGAUAAAUUAUAAAAAUAAUUUGGACAAUGUAUUUAUAUAACCAGAUUGGGUAUAAAGUGCUUUUAAUCAUUUGAGCUGCAAAGUUUAUAGGAUUUUAAUGCUUCCUGGAAAACUACAUUUACCCAGUUUUUCUCUUUUGUUUGGAGUUUUAUUAGUUUGUUAUGCAGUUAAAUCUGUAUUAGUGGAAUGUUUUAAAAAUUAGUGCUAUACAAAAUAAGAGCAUCAUGAAUAUUGCUUUUUUAUAAUAUCAGAGUGGCUUCGCCCAGUACAGAGUAGCAUUCUCUUAUGAAACGUAUAAAUCAGUUUUUGUUUGCAAGGAUUGCUAAUGCUCAUGUAAUAUUUAUAAACUAUUUUCAAGGACCUUAAUACUGUUAAUAUCAGUAUUAUUGGGUUCACGGUAAGACAAUCUAGUAUUUGCUCGUAUUUUUCUGAAGCCACAAUAUUGAGUCUUGUGAUACUCUGAAACUGUGCUGGUAGUUGCAAACAGUCUUAACUAGGGGAUUUAUUCAAAAAAACUUAGUGACCAUUAUUGGGUAGUGACUUUUAUAUGUGACUUGUCAUUUCAGUAUACUGUAUGAGUAUUAGAUUACUGGUUACAGUAACUUGAAAGCACUUACUAAUAAUAAUCUGGAAAGUAGCCUCUUGGUGAUACUAGAAUCUUUCCUGUAAAUAUAAUGUAACAUAUAUAUAAAACAUUGUGACAGGGUUUGGAUGGGACUUAGGACAUACAGGUAGUUCUUUUUUAUUUGAAAUUGUUUUGCAGUGUACAGCUGUACAUGUGUUAAUAAUCACAAGGUUGCACUUAAUUUCUGUGAACUGUGAGCUUUGUUAAUAAAGUAUUUAUGGAGUAUGAUGUGUAUAUAAAAACAAACAGCAUUGAUCUGCAACUGUUGACUAUGCUUAGAAUUUAAGUACUUCCGUUUAAUAUACAGACUAAGUUUUCAUUUCUUUUGUCUUCCUACAGGAGUAUGUUGUAGUGAGGGAGGAAAAAAAGGGGUUGAAGGGAAAAUGAUGUAAAGCUUUGAUUUGUUACUGUAAAAAUGAUUAUGGUAACAAAUAAAGCCAAAACAGAUCUUA